AACUGAUAAGUGGAUAUGUAUAUAAAAAUCUGGACUUGUGGUUAGUUCAAAGCGCGCGAACGGUCACAACAAAUAUGGUAAUAUCGGCUUUCUUAUUUGAGGCAUCAUGAUUUCGUGCGUGUAUAGUUUUAUCUCCUUGUUGCAGUAUAAAUAAAACUUGUUAACACCUUAACACUACACAAAAAACUUUCGCAUGUAACACCAUUAUCACAAUCAGUGUGAAACCGCUCAAUAGGAAAAAAAAAAGAGCACUUUACCUGAAAUUACAUCAGUAAUAUAAAGAAUUUUAACACCUUAAGACUAUAUUUUCACAAUCUUUAACUAUAUUACCACAUAAUUUGAGUAGCUAUAUUAUCUUGGCAUAAAUACAACUAGUCCUUUAUAAUAAUUUCUUUCCGCCACGAUGGAUCGAUCAACGUACGUUGGUUUGCUCUUUUCCAUUGCUGCAUUAACUUUCAUUUUAAAUGGCUUACUAAUUACGCUUGGUUUGCUUAACAGGCGGAAAUUCGUUACAGCAUAUGAUACGAUGUUGUUGUUUUUAAUAGUAAUUGAAUUUCUACAAGGAGUUGUCGGUUAUCCAGUCGAAUUAUUAACAGACAUAAAACACGGAGGUUUUUCAUGUGUUUUAGCUGCAUAUUUAAUAGCAAGUCUAGCUCUUGUUACGAUUUCACUUUUGGCAGCGUUAGCAUUAAUGAGAGUCAUAUCAGUGAUAUUUCCAUACAAGUCACGCUUGUGGUUAAAUUCUAGGACAAGCUGUCUAUAUUACAUUAUACCAUCAACCUUAUAUGGAUUUGCAUGGGGUACCUUUCCCCUUCUUGGUUGGAGUAAAUAUUCUCCUGAGCUCAACAGCGACAGAAGAUGUUCUAUAGAUUUAAUUGGUCGAGACAAGAACACUCUUUCUUUUCUGUAUGCGUUAAUGAUCGCAUGCUAUUUCAUACCAUUAACAGUUAUGUUUGUUUCCAGUUUUGUAAUAGCAAAGAAGAUACGGAAUAAUGUUAGACCGGAACACACUAGAAAGGUGCGACUAAGAAAGGAAAGACGAACAACAUUGUUUUUAUUUGUUGUCAUAGCAGCAUUUGUGAUUGCUUGGACUCCCUAUGCAUUGAUGAUUUUUCUUAUAAUAAUUGGUGAAAACGUAACCAGGACUUGGUUUGAUUACUCAGCACUUCUUGCAAAAAGUUCCAGUUUCUACAAUCCUGUUAUUUACGUGAUUAUGAACAAGAGGAUCCGUGUUGCGCUUUUUAACUUCUUAACAAUCAAACGGAGAUCAAGAAAGAAUAUUCAAAAGAUUGAACUGCACAAUGGCUUUAAUAACAUUCGAGAAAGACGCAAACAUCAACAAAACAUUCCAAACAGUUCUCAAAACACACCAUAGUAACGUAUUACGUAUGUAAUUUACAGUGUUUGUUUUUAUUAUUCACUUGUUUUUUCGUAUAGUUCGUAGAUGAACUGUGGCGUUGAGUAACUUACUAAGGUUCUGAAAAAGUUUGCGUAGAUUAAUUUUUGAGGUUGGCUGCUUAAGAGGGUAUGGAUUUAUUUUAACGAUCAAGCUUCACAAAUAUUUCACAAGCUUCUAAUCGAUAGCAGAGAUUUUAAAAGAUUAAACAAGUUAUUAUGAAAUUAUUAAAUCUGACCUGAAAAAUGUGACCUCGGACAUGAAAGGCGAAUAUUUUAAGUGUGUGUUGAUUGUUUGAUAGAAUAUUUUUCUUUGAAGGUAUCAGCUAGCUGAGUCUAAAUUUGCAAUGAAUUAUAUGCAGCUAGAACCAAACCUCGAACAAGCUUUUCAGUUGUUAGUUUUGAUAAAGGAACAAGAAUGUCACAUUAAAAACGGGUUGCAAGAAAAGCAAAAAUUUAAAGUGAGAAGAACUUUGAAAAUCAGAACAUAAAGAGAUUUUUUUGAGAGUGUGAGAUCGUUAAAAAUAAUUGACUAGUUUUUAAACUAUUCCUGAUAUCAAUAGUGUAAGUAUAUAUUAUAUAAAGAAAUUAGAAAUUAAUAUUUACUGAUUUUAUUGAAACCCCAUUAAAUGAAUUUGGUGAAGCGUGAAAUUUAUUGAUUUUUUUUACCUAAUUAAUUUUUGUGAAAAGUCAAGAAUUAAUCCACGGUGACGCGAAAACCUUGACCUGGGAAACACUUUACCUGGAAUCUGAACGGGUUGGUUGGACACAGAAUAGGACGGUGGAAACAGGUAUGGAAAACUCCCAGAUUUCCUGCUUAACCUCUCAGACUCCGUCACCAUUUUUUAAAAAAUUUCAAAAAUUCCAUGUUUUUCUGCUAAUUUCUGCUCACCUGCAAACUUAACAUUGUUGAAUGUAAGUAUUAUCGGGAGUUCGGGUUACUUAGAUAAAAAUUGCUUGUGGCGCCUUUUGUACGGCUAAUCUAUGUUCUACUAGUCAUUAGCCCGU